CCGGGAGGCGGGGGGAGAAGAAAACGUUUGAGCCAACUGGUCCGGGGCGCCCGAGAACGCGGGGCGGGGAUCCAAGUAGGGCGGGGGCUUGGGGUGGGAUGUUACCGGUGGGCUGGACCUUCUGGGAUUGGAGUGAAUGGUCUACCGGUUGGUUUGACAGUUUAUAACCCAGAAUCCGGACUGAGUUCAGUGAUGAGUUUAGGCCUCCCCCAAGGGGAACUUCGUUAAGCUGAAGCUCUCAGUGGGAGGAGGCAAGUUGCGCGGCUUCUGAUUGGAAGAACCGCGCAGUAGGAUUCUUUCCACAGAGAUCCAAUUUAGGCGAUCUGGUAGGAGGGAGGGCUGUUACUAAGUGGAGUAAUUCUUUUGGAGCUCUUGCUUGGUGGGGCGAGGACCACAGAGGAAUCUAGCGGAAACGGAAGCCUCUCGGGACCGGGAUCCCACCGGAUCCCAGAGAACCUCAGGGAGGCAUCUAACAGGGACAAAGGUCCCAGGAGGCUCGAGCGGUGGGAGAGCUGUAACCUCCGCAAUCCAGUCUCGCGGCAGGUGCCAGGCAGGGCCCGAGUGAUCAAGGCGGCUGCAGCGGGAAGACCCGGCUCCGAGAGGCCGGCCGGGGGCGCCCUUUGGAGGAAGGGCCUGUGCCCUACCGGGAGCCGCAGGCGGACUAUGAAGGGCGGAGUCCCGGGGGAGGAACUGGCCCUCAUUCCCCACUCCCCCGCUCCCCAAUUUACCCCAGGCCUCAGCCUGGGAUACCCCAGGGACUCCCCGGAACCGCCGCUUCCCCCAUGGACUUGCCUGGGAACUCCAGGUGAGAGCGUACCCCGCCCGCCUGACUUGAGCUCGGGAGACGGGGAUGCUGACGGCUGCACCCGACUACAACAGAGGCAACAACAGGUUCAGGCAACUGUCUUCUACUUUCACCCUCCAGCCCUUUUACACAGCCAAGCCUGUGCCGUCAGCCUCUAUCUCGAGCAUCAUGGGAAGCCAGGAGCCCGAAAAGACCGAGGCUGCAGCCUUUGGGGACCCCUUCAUCCCUAGAAAAGGCCUCUCGGAGGGUCCUUGCCGUGGUGUUGGAAGAUGUCAUGACUACAAACAGGGUCCCCCUGACACACAAAGAGGACACUCCCAGCCCACUGACUCACAACCAUCAUCAGGAUCCUGUCUGCACACAGUCACCUGCUUUACCAUCCCAACAGGUCAAGUGGUCCAUGCAAGCCAGGCCUCCUGACCCACUGCAUUUGUGCAGAGAACCCUUGACUCGAGCCCGCCAGUCCUCGCCUGCCUUGAGAAUGAGAUCAAGGGCAGCAUCUGGCCCAGAGGAGAGCCCCUCAAAAAAGACAGACCAGGUCCCACAGCCCACCCUAGUGGUGGUACUGGAAGACAUUGCCAGUGGCAGACAACCAGCAGAGCACCUUCAGAAGCCUGAAGGGCCCGGGGAAGCACUGCCACAGAAGGGGUCUGGACUUGGAAGCACGCCCAACUCUUACUUUGUCCCUUCACCCGAGAGCUGAGCCUGUGACAAAAGCUGGUCAGCCAAUGCCUACACCCAGUGACCUAGAACCCCCAUUCCAACUGUCUACUCUACCUGCAGAUCCUCCAGAGAGUCCAGUACCAGAUCCUGCUCUGGAGACCCCGGUGAUUCCAACAUCGUCAAGCCUUUUACGACCCCGUCUCAGUCCCUGGGGCUUGGCCCCUCUCUUCCGUUCCGUCCGAUCAAAGCUUGAAAGCUUUGCUGAUAUCUUCUUCACACCUAACAAAACACCACAGCCUCCACCCCCUUCACCUCCCAUGAAAUUAGAAUUGAAGAUUGCCAUCUCGGAGGCUGAGCAGUCCAGGGCUACUGAGAAAAUUACAUCUGUCAGCCCCAGGCCCCCUAUCCGCCAGUGGCGGACUCAGUGCAAUUCCCUAGCACCUGUCUCUAAGUCAUCUCUGGGACGAAGCUACUCCUGCCCUGAUCUAGGGCCCCCUGACCCAGGUAGCUGGCCUCCUGUCCCAUCCCAGCCAAGCCAGUCCAGGCCCCGGAGACAUACUGUGGGUUGUGGGGAGAUGGCCCGGACCCCACCACCUCCUCGACCCUGUCUCCGGAAAGAGGUCUUCCCUCUUGGAGGAGUGGGAGUCUCUCCUUCUCUCACUACAUCUUGCUCAGCCAAUGCCCCUGCUUCCUUCUUCUGCGAGCCGGCAGAACCCAGGUUGGGUUCAACGAAGGGGAAGGAGUUAAGAGCCUCAAAAGACAAGGUGUUUUCUGAUCCAGAGACCAAGACCAUGGGGAAGGUUUCUAGAUUCAGAAUACGGAGGACACCUGUCCGUCUCCAACCAAACCUUACACCAAUGGGGCUGCCUCGACCAAUCAGGUUGAAUAAGAAGGAGUUCACUUUGGAAGAAAUUUAUACAAAUAAGAACUACCAAUCACCCACAACCAGAAGGACCUUUGAGACCAUCUUUGAGGAACCACGGGAGCGCAAUGGAACUCUGAUUUUUACCAGCUCUAGGAAGCUCCGAAGGGCAGUAGAAUUUCGGGACAGUAGCCUUCCUCGAUCCCGGCGACCAUCACGAGGGGUCCGCACCGCAGCAAGCAGAACCCUUACUCCCAACCUGGCACCCAGCCAGGAUGUGGGGUCUCUACUGCAAGAAAGGCUGAGGGAGCUAGAUGCCUUGCUCCUGGAGGAGGAGACAGAUAAGGAACACCCUUGUCACCUCUAGGAGCUCCAACUAUUUGUCCAUCCGUCCUUUAGGUAGGGGAGAAAUCUCUGAAUCAAUUGUAUUUUUUUUCUCUAUAUUUCUAUAAAGUUUUCAAUAUAUG